CAAACUGCAUGAUUUUAGCACCCCUUAAGAAAGACAUGUUGUAUACCUACAGUAAUAUAAUUUCAACAGUUGGGGAUCAAUACAUUCUACUCACUUGCUCUGUUUUUUCCCAUAACUUCAAGAGAAUUAGACAGUAUUUAAAAAUACUGUACUGAUAACUUUUCUAUAAAAAAAAAAACUCUACUUACCUGAUAUUACAACCUUUUAAAUUAUGUUAAAAAAAACAUGAAUGGGGCACAAUUUACAUUAUAAUGUCCUAUUGUAAAUGACUCUGCAUAUAAUGCACUGUUCACAGCCUACCUCUGUAAAGCGCUUUGUAAUCGUGGUCCACUAUGAAAGGCGCUAUAUUAAAAUAAAUAUAUUAUUUAUUAUUAUAGUGUUCUUAUUAUUAUAAUCUGAAAAGUAGAUAUGUUGAGUCUUAUCAGUGAAACCACUACUGUACUGUAACGUUCACUGUGUUGUACUGACGCUCUGGCUUGCUGUGAUGUGAUUGGCUGUUAAAAUGUCUGUUCUGAUUGGGCCACGUUCAAGUGUAGGGCGUGGGGUUCCGCACCCUCAUUUGCAUAUAAGGGGGUGGGACCGAGGGAAUAAAAAGGGGCUGUGCCAGCCAGUUUGGGUCUUUGUUCCUGGAAGCAGUGUUGCUGUCAGAGCUCUGAAACUGCCUGCAAGAAUAGCAUAAAUAAAAGAGCGUCAAUUACCAAAGAGCGUCUCUGCUGAUUGUCUUCUGCCUUGCCGACACGCUACAGUACUAAUAGAUUUAUGCAAAUAUUUUUUGUAAUGUUGCCAAGUCUGCCUUUAAGAUAAUUACCAUAAAGUGCUUCGUAUUGCCAAUGCAGUCCAUUUGCUUUCACUGCUGAUUUACUCUGCAACAUAUUUCAUAAAUCAGUACUUUCUUUAUACAAUCCUAUUAUAGUCAUUGUAGCUGAUGUCUUAAUAGUUGGUUUCACGUUGCAUUCAGUCACUUGUACGGUACCUUAUUAUAAUGGCACAUUCAAUUUAAUCCUAGGUUUAGAUUUAAGAAAAAAAAUGUGCACUUUUCUGAUGUUACCUAGUUCCAUCUUAGUAUUCUACUGUCAAGUUCACUUUUAACAAAUGCAUUAUUAUUAUUUGUUUUCAUAUAUGACUGAUUGCUUUAUUGACUUUCUUGCUUAGAAAGCAGCACACAAAACCCUUAGUUAAAACUGCAGUAAUCACAAUGGCAGCGACGGGAAAAAGGUAACAACCCAGAGCAGAUUAAAACAUUCUCAUGGCAAUUGUAGAGCUUCAUUACACUGACAGCAGUGUUCACGCUAGGCCGCGCCAUUGCGCCAAUGCCCCACUAAAAUAAAAAAUGUCCCGCUGAAUUUCUCUUAAUGCGCCCGUGUGCCCCCCUUCCCAGACCAGACGAAAUACCAAUACACAGUAAAUGAAUGCAUUUUGUAUUAACAUGACAUAUCUGACGACAGGCUAAUCUUUUUUUACUUGUUUGUUUACACUUGCGUUUUCAUAAUUAAACUCCCGUGCCAUUAUUCUCCAGUCCAGUAGAAUGCGCUCACACCCUCCCUGGUUACAGUCAGUUUCACAGUAAAGCCUGGACGACAACAUCAGGCUUGUUAACAACAUGACCUGGCGUAAAUAUAACCUUGUAUCCCUGUUACACCCGACCAUUACUUCUGAAAGAAUAAGUAAUCAGCUUCGGCAGUGGCUGUUGAAAUGCAGGCUAUUAUAUUUGUGCUUAAAAAUACUGUGAAAUUCAUCUGCUGUAGACUUAUCUAUUUGCUAGACAAAAUAUAUGUCUGAUGUUUGGAGAUAUGGAGUGACCUAGCAAGUGAAUGGGAGAAAUGUGUACUUCUGCGUACUCAGUACAGUUUAUGGACAAAGUGCAAUAGUUUUGUGAAACGAAAACCGCGUCAUUGAUUAAAAAAAUUAAAAAAAAAAAAAAGUAAUCUAGGGUAACGUUAUAAAAUAUGUGAAAUUUGUCUUUUCUAUGACAAAAAUUUCUAAAAUUCAGGGCCAAAAUAAUUCAGUAUGUGUUAAGCACCAACUGUCUCUUGGCCAUUUCGCCAGUAGACCUAUAAUGGCAUGAUAAAAAAUAUAUAGAGAGUGUAUGUGAUUUUAUACAGCACUGUAUGUAUGCCUACAAUACAUCUUGCAUUGAGAAAACAUCACUGGAAUCAGAAUAAAGGAAGGUAUUAUGUAAUCAGUUCACAUGCAGUCACGGUUUUGGUAAAUAGCAUUUUCAAAACCUUAUCUUUAUGUGCAGUAUUAAAGUAUGUUAAAAUAUAGCAAAUCCACAAAACCAACGAAAUACAUAUUGUAUAUUUGACAUUUUAUUUUUAGUGUUCUGUGUAACACGGGCCAUUGUUUAACCUUGAAAAAAAAUUAAAUACAGUACCUGAGGCAGAGAUACGCAUUUAUCAUAUCAACAACAUCAACGUGUGUUGUAAAAAUAAAGCAAAAAUUGUUUUGAAAACUGUCCAACCUAUUUACUUGGGGGCUAAGAAUGAAAAAUGUCAAGAAAAAAUAUGCCAUUUUUGAUAUAGAAAUUGUCAAAAUAAACAGGCAGCUGGAAGGUAAGAAUUUACCAGUCAGGACAAUGGGAUUUAAAUACUACUAUUAAACUGGAUAAGUUGGUAAUUUGGUUUCUUCUGGGGUACGCGAGAAAAAUUCUGAAGUGGCAGACAACGCAUUUUAUUUAGUACCACUUGCCAAUCUACUGCAAACUUUUCUCAUGUAAUCAACAUUUAAUCGCUAACACCAGACUGAUGUGCUGUGACAGAGCGUUCAGUGUACACAUGACUAAUUUACAUAUUAAAUAUACAUUUUAAAUAUUGUCAUAUAAACAGUUGGGCUGUUACUGCAGUUUGUCUUUGGGAUGAAAAAAUAUAUAUAUACAUAUUUAAAAAAAACUAAAAGCCUAGUCUUUAACUCAUUUUAUUUCCUGUGUUCAUUCGUGCCUGCAAAUCGAUAUUUAUUUUUUUCAAUGACCCAAUUUAAAGUUUAUUGUAACUUAAGUACUAUCGGUUCAUUUCAUAAUACAGAAUGUAUGACCAAUCAGAAACCGAUGCGGUCUAAUUUGACAAGCCGUUACGUCUGGUGUGCGAGUAAGAGGUUUUAGCUUUCAAUCAAGUGAAAAAAUAUGGAUUGUUGGCUCAAUACUAGUACAUUACUAGCAAAGGGCAAUCAAGACGAAAUACCGUCAGAGAUUAAAAAUGCCAAAAAUAUCUUGCGACUGAAGCUCUCUCCAAUUUCCCUGCCAUCAUCAGUGAUUUGUGUGGUAACAAGCAGGGACAUCCAUCACACUGAUACUAGGUAAGCGUUUUAUUAUAUUUUUUAAUUAGCAUUAGUAUUGUACGUUUUAGUCACCAAGAAUUAAAAAAUGCCAAUAAUAUGUUUUUGUAAUGAGGUCAGUAGAGAUUUGUGGAUAGUGAACUUUUCUUUGCCUUCUUUUCUGUAAUUUUAUUAUCAAUAAAAAUACAUGAUUGCCAUUUUGCUAUCACGGAAUAGUCCUAUGUCAUUUCUGAAUGAUUGAGGCUAGCAUGGAGGCUUCGUUGAUUUUAAUUCAUUAGUAAUUACAAUAAAAUGAUGUUUCCAACAACUAGAAACCUGUUUGAGGGACUAUUUUUUAUCCAAAUGUAAAUAUAAUAUAUAUUUUUUCCAUUAUAAAUACUUUUAUAAUUGUAUCCAUCACACACUCCAAGGCUUGUGCGUUUUGUUGUAUCAUGUUAUUGUACAGACCUUUUUUUUCUGUUUUUAUUUUAUUAUGACUAUCUCAGAUGGGGGUACGCAAUGGACUACAUUUUUUGGAAAGGGGUAUGGAGCUUAAAAAGAUUGAAAACCCCUGUUCUAAUGUGAUUUAGUACAAUGAAUAUCCUCUACUCAGUGGUACACCAGCAUCACUGUGACACAUUUCCAAUAUUUUUCCACAAAAGUGACACAACAUCCAACCCGGUUACACGGAAGCCCCAGCUAUUUAACAUCCUACUGUAUUCACUGUUGCCCAUCAUGGGGAUAGCCGUCAUUGUGAUUUUCUCAUUCUGGAUGUACAGGCAUCACAAACUGGCGUAUCCUCCAGUACUAGUUCCGACCCAACACGCCUUUCAUAUAAUGAUAGAGGAUCCUGGGCCACCACCUCCGUCCCCUAUACUCGGACAGAAGCCAUUGCAGUUACUGGAGAUCAAAGCAAGAGGGCGCUUUGGCUGUGUCUGGAAAGCACAGCUGUUAAGUGAAUAUGUGGCUAUCAAAAUAUUCACAAUUCAGGAUAAACAGUCAUGGCAGAAUGAAUAUGAAAUCUACACCCUGCCUGGAAUGAAACAUGAGAAUAUCCUUCACUUCAUCGGUGCAGAAAAGCGAGGCACUAACAUGGACGUGGAGCUUUGGCUGAUAACAGCUUUUCAUGAAAGGAGUUCAUUGACUGAUUAUCUUAAGGCAAAUGUUGUCACUUGGAAUGAGUUGUGCCAUAUUGCUCAAUCCAUGGCAAGAGGGCUUUCUUAUCUUCAUGAAGAUAUACCAGGCUUAAAAGAAGGGCACAAGCCAGCCAUAGCCCACAGGGACAUCAAAAGCAAGAACAUGUUGCUGAAAAACAACUUGACAGUCUGUAUAGCUGACUUUGGGCUGGCUUUGAAGUUUGAAGCUGGGAAGUCUGCUGGUGAUACUCACGGCCAGGUUGGCACACGACGAUAUAUGGCUCCAGAGGUACUUGAAGGGGCAAUAAACUUUCAACGGGAUUCUUUCCUAAGAAUAGACAUGUACGCUGUGGGUCUGGUGCUGUGGGAACUGGCAUCACGAUGCACAGCAGCUGAUGGUCCAGUUGAUGAAUACAUGUUGCCAUUUGAGGAGGAAGUGGGCCAGCACCCAUCUCUGGAAGAUAUGCAGGAGGUUGUGGUUCAUAAGAAAAUUAGACCCAUAUUGAGAGAGUGUUGGCAGAAACAUGCGGGAUUGGCAAUGAUGUGUGAAACUAUUGAGGAGUGCUGGGAUCACGAAGCUGAAGCCAGGUUAUCUUCUGGCUGCGUUGAGGAACGAAUCAUUCAGAUGCAAAGACUGACAAACACCAUUACCACAGAGGACAUUGUUACAGUGGUCACCAUGGUGACAAAUGUAGACUUUCCACCAAAAGAAUCCAGUCUAUGAUGGCUGCAGUGGUCAAAACAGAAGCAUACACUGACCAAUCAGACUCUAGUCGAGAGCUGCAAAACUAACUCAGCCGGUUACCAUUAUGACUUAAUAUUGUGUUCUUGUGUGCAGAACAGUACUUCAGCCAGUGCAGACUGAGGGGGAAAAAUGAAUGGAGAUUUUUCUACAAUGGAAUAGCACCGGAAAAACUUAUUUGCAGUUGUGUGCCUGAAGACUUACACCUGGGUGCUGUAAACCAGGGGGCAAAUCCAAUCAGGAUCCUUUAAAUAAGGAGGGCAGAAAUGGCCAUCGCCUGCAUUGCAAGGACCUUGUAAUUUAAAUAAAGAACUGUUGUCAGAUAUUUUUUUUGGUAUCUGACUAAAAAAAGACUUCAUCAAAUGGACAACUGCUAGUUUUUUAAGAAAACAAAACAAACAAAACAAAAAUAAAACACCACAGAUCAUUUCAUUUCAGUAUAAAAAGGGCAACUUGUUUUUGAUGCGUUUGCUGUUUUGUGUUUAUAUAAAUGACUAUUGUAAUGCCAAUAUGAAACAGCUUGUGAAUGUUUAGUGUGCUGCUGCUGUACGUAUAUCAACAAAAAUGAUAAUUAAGGUUAUUUGGUGGGAUUUGCUUCCAAGCAUUACUUUAAAUAACCAUAAACCUCCCUCAACAAGGUAUACCUCAGUUCAACAUCUGAUGAAUAAUAAUCUUGUUAACACUAAAACAAUCUGAAUAUAUCAGUUGAUCUCUGUUUGGUAUUUAUGCAUAAAAAAACUCACCAUUUUAAAAGAGUAAGCUAUACUCUUUGCCAACAGAAAAUGGCCAUUCAUACAACAGUGUUUCUACCUUUUUUGUUUUAGCUUCUUGUAAAGUAAUUUGCCCUGUUGUUUCUAAAUGAUUAUUUCAUUUAAGUGUUUGUUUUAGUCAAGUAUAUUUUCAAACUCCCUUCAAUUUAACUUAAAAAAAAUUGUGAAAGCACUUUCCUUUUUAGGUUUCCUGUAUCUGUGAAAUAUUUAAGAAUAUAUGCAUGCCUUUCUUUUCAUCCCUUGUGAGCUGUGACAGUGGUAUUCCUAAAUGUUUUUAUUUUUGUCAUUCCUUUUUUCCUACUGUUGGUGUGUUGUUUUUUCUGUACCUUUUACCUGACUCACAGUUAAAGGUCUGCUGGUAUCACUGUAUCAAAUACACCUCAGGAAGCUUUGUUUUAAAAACCCCUCUCUGCUUCGAACCACAAGUGACUUUGUGGCACUCAUUUUUAUGCCAGUAAACAUUCAACAUCUGUGGAGUAAAUUAUACACAACAAAUGCAUUAAUUGAUGGGACUAGAACGAGGGGGGAAAAAUACACUUGUGUGUGCUUGUGUAUUGAAAACUAUUAUUAGAGAAACCAUCAAACUCAUCUUUUUAAACUUAGGUAGAAAAAAAAAAAAAAAAACACAACCACCUACGGAAAAUAUAGGAAUAUAUCCAGAAUCAUGUUCAUCAGCAGUUAAUAUACUGCAUUUUAUCAAAUUUAAGACAUGCUUGCAGAAAAUACAAAUUUUGUAUUUAAAGUUUUUUGGUUUUUUUUCACAGAUGUUCUAUACUGCUUUUUAAAGAAGUUCAGGGAUACAAUACUAUGCUUUACUAAAUUAAUUAUAUGCAAUCAAUGCAGGUACAGCAACAUACUGACAUUGCCAGUUUGGCAAACUUGACAAAAUUGUAGCAUUUUUAAAUAAUAGUGUUUCAAGUGCUGUUGUCUUUAUUCUAGACAAUAACAUUGCCAUGCCUGAGAGGUUAGGAGCAGAUGCCAACAUUACUGUAAAUGCACACUAAUAAUAUAUCUGCUUUUCUUUUUUGACAAGACCCGGAUAUAAGAAGAUAGGUGUGCUUAUUUGCAUACAGAUAAAAUAACAGAAGACAGUUAUAUUUUAAAUGUGGGUCGUUUGUCUCAAAGAGUAUUCAGAUAAAUGAAAGGGACAAAGUGUUAUUUCUUAGUAUCAACAAAUAUAAUCUGUGAAUGUUUUUGCAUAUUGCAAAUUAGCAGCUUUAGAAAAAAGAAUCACUACACUAAGAUGAUAAGUAAAUAUAUACUUACUGCUGAAAUCUGUGAGAAAAUUUAUAAUAGGUCACCAGUCUCCAAGCAGGGAGGGGUGGAAGGCAUAUAUGCAAUUGCCUAUGUAUUACACCUGCCAUUGUGCUGUUCACUGUUUUGUCCUUGUGCUAAAAAAAAAAGAAAUUCACUGUAGCCGUGUGACUCUACCCUAUUUUGGGUUACUGGUACUAUUGGAUGUGAUUUGUCUCCAUUAUAAUAUUAAAAAACAAAGACAUCUUAAAUACAUCAGAGUGCGCACUUAACUGUUUUGUUUGCAGUUGUUUGUGGUUUAGUCACCUUUUUUCAGCCUCAGGCAUCAGAUUUUAAAGCUGGCUCUUAAUCUAAGCAACUUUGUUAUGUGAAGAAUUGCACAACCAAGUUUGCUAGCAACAGCACUGUCCACACUGCAAUUGCCUGAUUGUGUGGUGGGCAAUCCAAAUAGUAGACCUGGAAAACAGCCAAUCAGGCUGACAGAACACUAAACUACUCAGUGCCACUGCUUACAAACAGCAGGGGUGCAAGUGGGCUGCUCACAACUAGCUGCACUUCCAAAUUACAUUGUGCGGACCUGGCUUUAGAAAAACAUAUUACUGUAAUUGUUUGUAUAAAAUCACACUUUUAUGCUGGUAUUAUUGAAGUUAAUAAAAGCCAACCCCUUAACAAAAGAUUGUCACCCGAAUUUAUAGAUAAUGCAUAUUAUGUAAAUACAGAUUUUGUUCUGGAAUGUGGAUAAGCAUGAGUUUUUCAAGUUAGCAUAUAGAAAUAGCCUGCAGUAGUGAGUACAAUUUAUUUUUAUUUUUUUUAAUAAUGCAUUUGUAUACAUUUAUCUUUAAGCCCAAAUAUUGUCACCUCGUUUUUUCAGUAUAAGGUUAUUUUUUUAACUUUUGGACAAAACACUACAAUUGACACCUUGGAUCUUAACAUUGUUUACCUCAGAGAUCUGACCAGCAGUGUUUUAUAAUGCAGUUUCAGUUCAUGUGACACACAUUACCUCUCAAUAUGCCAGAAAGCUAGUAUGUUAGCUUUACUCUAUGUAUCUCUGCCGAUGUUUUGUGCGUCUUGGGCACAAAUGACUGUACUACUGUCAAAGUGUACUUGCCAUUUUUUGCAAGUAUUUAACAAAUGAUUUCAGAGGCUUGGUUGGAAGUGAUUGUUAAAUAUUGUACAGAUACAUUGUAUGCUAUCCCCCUUAAAAAUAAAGUAUAGUGAGUGCUCAA